AUGUCGCUUCGACGGGCAUUAUUGUCGCAAUGGACGAAGACCUCGAGGACGUGUCAGAAUCGUAUCAUACACAGACAUUUGGCAACUCCUGCAAAUGCAGCUCCGCCAGCUGAAGGAUUCAUGAGUGGUCUAGAUACGUCCAUGAUCUUGAAAUCUACACGCGAAUCUGCAUUGGCCAAUCCUGAACUGAAGUCAUUGAGUGCAAACACCGAAACAAAACGUACAAACAUGUUCCAAGCUAUAAACGAAGCUAUGGGUAUCGCACUGUCGACAGAUGAAACUGCUGUCAUAUUUGGAGAGGAUGUGGCAUUUGGCGGUGUCUUUCGAUGUACAAUGGGAUUAGAAGAAAAGUUCGGCAAAGACCGUGUCUUCAACACCCCGCUGACGGAACAAGGCAUAGUAGGAUUCGGCAUCGGAAUGGCUGCAGUUGGACAUACUGCUAUUGCCGAAAUACAGUUUGCUGACUAUGUGUUUCCUGCGUUUGAUCAGCUAGUCAAUGAAGCAGCUAAAUACAGAUAUCGAUCAGGUGCUCAAUUCGAUGUUGGUGGACUGACUGUGAGAAUGCCGUGUAUGGCAGUUGGUCAUGGUGGACAUUAUCAUUCUCAGAGCCCUGAAGCUUAUUUCGCUCAUACGCCUGGGCUUAAGGUCGUGAUACCACGCUCGCCAAUACAAGCAAAGGGAUUGCUGUUAGCUUCAAUACGAGAUCGUAAUCCAGUGAUAUUCAUGGAACCCAAAAUACUGUAUCGAGCUGCCGUUGAACAAGUGCCUGUUGGUGAUUAUGUGUUACCGUUAGGGAAGGCUGAAGUGCUUCAAGAUGGCAAAGAUAUAACGCUAGUAGGAUGGGGUUCCCAACUAUACGUCCUCGAAAACGCAAUCAAGCAAGCUGAAAAGGAACUACCUGGCAUAAGUUGUGAAUUGAUUGAUCUGAGGAGUAUAUUGCCAUGGGAUGCCGAGACUUCGGUGAACAAAACAGGUCGCUUAAUAGUAGCUCAUGAAGCACCAAGAACUAGUGGAUUUGGAGCAGAAGUCGCUGCGACGGUCCAAGAAAAAUGUUUUCUGAGACUAGAGUCUCCUAUACAGAGAGUCACUGGCUGGGAUACACCAUUCCCAUUGAUUUUUGAGAAAUUCUACGUCCCUGGAGUAGCAAGAUGUGUUGAAGCAAUCAAAAAAUCAAUGGAAUUCUGA